UGAACAGCUGAUCUGUUAUCAGCAACGGACGGUAGAAUAUUUCCCACUGCAUCAUUCACUUCGAAAGUUGAGAAAAGUUAUUCACGAAGUUACUGUGCUCUUGCUAAACAGAAAAUGAGAUGAAAUUGAUGAAAUCCACUUGUCAGCUGAUCUCUACGUAAAAGGAAAUUGUCACGUGGACCUUCUACAUUCGACCGAAACGUGAAUUUCUGUAGUUAUACAUUUUUGUGUACGUUCAAGUUUCUCCUCGGGCCUCUCGAUGAUUGUUGUCCGGAAUACAUGCAAGUAGCCUUCGUCAAAAGAAUGGCGUCUUACAAUGGAGGAGUGCCAUUGCUCUAACAUCGUGAUCAUGCAGCUAUUCCAUGAACUGAAGCAACAGUUUCCAGCAUUGCCGGAUUACAUCGUGUCUCAGUGCAUCGCCCAGAAUAGUCACGACAGGGAGAUAUGUACAAGAAGUCUACGCGCAGCACAGGAUUCACGAUCGUCCCCUGGUGCCUUUCCACCACCAGCGCCUGAGCCGCUACCAUCGCUGUAUGACAUAAACAACGAAAGAAACAAUGACGACAAGAUAGCUCAAAACCCAUAUCGAAAUCAUCAAAGACCCCAUCGACCGAAUUCUUUGCACAUUGGUAAAUCACGCCAGUGCAUCAGUCCCAAUAAUUCAAGGGUACAAUUUUCCCCGGUGACUCCCUUCCCCUCAAGUUCUACGGCUUCAGCAGCUGUUACCAACUACUCCUCGAGGGGUUUAUUUGAAGACUUACCGAAUACAACAGUUGCGAGUUCGAUCAAUGUUGUCGAUAAUUCGGUGAAUAGCGGUGGUGGAGAUAAACCGACCAGGGGAUUUGAACUCAAUGUUAACGUCGCUUGCAGUCCUGCUGGCCAGGUGCCCCGUUUAGACCGAAGUAAUCCGAUCGGCGAGCAACUAUCGCACUACAAGGAGCUGAGACUGACGGCGAAUCAUGAAUGCGAAACUGUAGAUCAUACGAGGGGCUACACUUCUGUCAGUCUCAUUCUCAGACCCCCGUCCUCUGAACCACAGCCACCCAUCGAUAUUCGGUCUCAAGGGUCGAGCUUGACUUAUUCAACUUCUUCGUCAGACGCGAGGGGCUUCCAGAGUCGUUUGCUGAUCAGCAUCGGUCCCGGUAAAGUUGGCAGUGUGGCGGCGGCGAGGAUAAAGUCGCGAAUGGGCCAUACAAGGCCCAAUUCGUUGGUAUCAGCGAUGCAGAGUACGUCGAAUCAAUCAACAGGAUCUGUUGUGGGACCCUCAAGUCAACUUCCAAGACCAACAAUGAGUUCCUCGACGACUGGAUCAUUAGCUGUGGCUGCUACAACCCCUAAUACCAUUCAAAAUUGCCCUAACUUGUCGUCAACGAUGGCCUCGUCCGCGACAACUAGUUGCAUGACUACUAAUCACAUUGCAACACAGUUGAACCAAGUCACUGAGCAUCAGAAAAAAUUGGUUACUGAGCAGUUGAAAAGAAAGGAAAGACUGGCCCACGAAUUGAGGAUAGAAAAAAUGAGAUUGGAAACAAUGAAGAAGGAUCUACAGAUUCUCUUGAGGCCUGUGGAUCCUACGGUGCCUCCUCAGGGAUUGAAGAAGAAACUCCGAAGUGAAAUCUACCAACUCCAAGUGGAAUGUGAUAGACUGGCUGAUGAAGUUGAUCAAAGAUCUGAUCCAAGAGUUCCAUUUGGAGAAACAAACGAAGAAUUUUAUCAGGGAAUCUACACAGGGCAGUGUCUCAACAUCCCAUCAUUCGCAUUGAGACCACGACCCCCGUUACCAGCAAUCCCACCAGCCUGGGAGCCCCAAAGUCCACGAAUCCAUCCGUCAAAUCACGACAGAGAUGACAGGGACGGUCCAUCGUGGGUCUGCCGUAUGUGCACUUUCGAUAAUCAUCCGUUAAUGGACAAAUGUGAACAGUGUGACAUGCCAAAGUUUCGAGUUCCCGAUACAGGAGAGACACAAGAUAUUCACAUAAGAGUCACACGUCAUCAUAAUUUUUCUCCCAGGCGAACAGUUCACAGUUGGGUUGUCUGACACAUUGUGCAUCUAAUCUUCAACUGCAAAGGUGUAAAUAAAAAAUUAUUCAUAACUCAUUACUUGGUAUUUAACAAUGACACAAUUUAAUCUUGUUUAGCGUGUAAAUUAUUACGUGCGGAACGAAAAAGGAAAAAUUCAUUCCCGCAGAGUGGAAUUAAUUGAAAAUUUGUGGAUAUUUAAUAAUGUUUAGUUUUUCAAUUCAAUAAACAGGAAUAAAAUAAAAAGAGACAAAUGAUCACUUGAAAGUGGAUUUAUAUUAUUUAUCAUUUGUACAACAUUGUUAA